GGGCCUCUAUAAUCACCAUGGUUGAAGAGGUUGGUUCGGACAUCAUGGCCGCGCGAGAGCGCAUGAUCGCGAGGCGAUUUGGAGGGGCGAACGCCACUCGGACAGGUGGCGUACGGAGGAAAAAGAAGAACGUCCACAAGACGGCGACUUCCGACGACAAGAAGCUGACAACGACCCUCAAGAGGAUCGGCGUGACCAACAUCCCGGCCAUCGAGGAGGUGAACAUGUUCAAGAACGACGGCGAGGUUAUCCACUUCGUAGGGCCCAAGGUUCAAGCAUCUGUGGGCGCGAACACGUACGUCGUGAGCGGUCAAUCGGAGACCAAGAAGUUGCAGGACCUCCUCCCGGGCAUCAUCAACGAGCUUGGACAGGAGAACCUGGACCAGCUCAAGGAGAUCGCCGGCAACUUCCCCGGGGGCGAAGCGGGCGCGGGAGACGACGAGGACGAUGUGCCCGACCUCGUCGAGAACUUCGAGGAGGCCUCAAAGUAACUAACUCCACGGCACCCUCUGUAGCUAGCUUGCUCGUGGGUGUGGCUCCGUGGGAUGGGGUCUGGUGGGGGGGGGGGGACUUCGGGGGGUUUCCAUCCCUUUUUUGGUCGUUCGUUGGAGCCUUGUUGGAGCAUGAUCGCUCUCAUUCUCGGUGUCGGUGUACCGGUACAACUCGAGUUCGAUUUCGGGGUGUGCGACAGCGGGCAUCCGCUCUUCGCCGUGGCUGGUUUCGUUCCGCAGCUGGCGCACACCGCAUUGGGAUGUUGCUGGAAGCGGAACCCGACUGGUCCGAGUUCAAGACUGCAAGACCGCUUUCUUUGGACUAGGUACUGUAGAUUGUCGCGUGUUAGAUGUUGCUAGGAGAACACGGGUCCGCCUAGUAGCCCGUGGUGGGUACAGUGCAGUAGUGUAGCUGGUCGGUGGUCAUCGGCGUAGGCUACAAAAAGCGCCCGCUGUCCGUUGGGCGACUGCUGGUCAGUUGAUCUGUGUUGGCAUCUCGUCCACUUGUAGCUGAUCAGGUGCUUUCUUGCCAUGUGUCUACCAUUUGGUACUCAUAGCUGUGGUGCCGAUCUACACCCUCCAGUGGUCGGUCAUGAGUCAAUUGAGGUUUGUCCAACGCCAACCGAGAUCCGCGAUUUUAUCUCCUGCCAACUGAUGUUUUUCAUCAUAGCCGCCAUUGAUGUUUUAAGACCCAACCCUACAAGCGACGGUUUACAGUACAUCAAUCCUGCAGCUUGUGGCAGGAGCUGUUUUGCUGUUUUGAACAUGUGCAUAGAAAGACGCGUUCUCCCC